UAUCGAUUCUCGUACUUUGCUUCUGCUGCUUACAUUGAGUGAUACAAACAGAUGAUCAGAAGUCUCAGAGACUCGUUUUGGAACUUGUGUUUACUGAAUAAUAUCUCUGAGAUUGUAGGAUUGUUUUGUUUGAUGAACCUAAGAGUCCAUCAUCUAUUCUGUUGAAGAGCACACGCAUAUAGUGAGGUUUUUUUACUUGUUGAAGGAUGCAGUGGAGGAAUUAGUAGAGCUUUCUUAGGAAGUAAACAUGCAUUUCUACCUUCUCUUGAUCGGAAAAUCUGUUUGAGAGCCUUAUGCUUGGAAGUGCAAGAGUUUUGAUUCAGAUCAUGCUCUGUGGACUGUGCUCCAUACUGUUCCCUUAGCCUUGGCUCUUGUCUCAACAUCAGUGCAGUAGUUUUGGUUUGACAUCACUGUGUUUUGUUGGAUAUUGCAGCUGAGCUCUCUUUUCAGCAAGUUUGCACCAACCAGGACUAACCAGGACUAACCAUCUUUUACACCAACUAGUAGUCACUGAGAUGGUUUUCCUGUACUCAUUCACCAUGAGCCGCUAGUUGGUGUAAUUGUAAAAGUACAGUUAUUGGCACAUGGAAGCAUCUCUAAGUAGUCUAUCAAUACACCAAGAUGAUAAGUUUCUGGUCAAUAAUGGUCUUGAUCAGAAUAUUAGUCUUCUUUUUUGGUGGAAUUACAUGGAAAACGCAUUUUCUGUGGAUUUGUUGUGGGAACAUUAGAUAAUGGGAAACUGAUUUGAGAUUAUGGUGGGGAAAGAUACUGGCCGUCCACGUGGUUUUGGGUUUAUCACAUUCACUGAUCGCAGAGGAGCUGAUGAAGCAAUUAAACACAUGCAUGGGAGGGAGUUGGGAGAUAGGGUUAUCUCGGUGAACAAAGCUGAGCCCAAAGUUGGUGGAGACGAUGUAGACCAUUUACAGAAAGGUGGAGGCUACUCAUCUCGAGGGAAGGGAAGCGAGGAUGAGUGCUUUAAGUGCAGACGCCCUGGUCAUUGGGCUCGAGACUGCCCAUCAACUGGUGGCGAAGGAGGUCGGUUCAGAGUUUCCCUUGCGAUGCGCUCUAGACUUGGAGAAUUCGAUGGACACCGAGAUCGCUAUGGAGAUCGUGAUCUGGAGCGUGAGCGUGACCGCUACAUGGAUGGACGCCGUGACAGAGAUGGGGGACGAUAUAGCUACAGGGACCGCUUUGAGAGUGGAGACAAGUAUGAGGCUCGUGAUCACUAUCCAUUUGAGAGAUACGCACCACCUGGAGACCGUUUUGUGAGUGAUAGGUAUGGGAUGCCUGAACAUCAUCUUGAGAAUGAAUAUCGCGGGCGAGAGAGAAGCUAUGACAGGGACAGAUACGCAAGGGAUACAAGUGAUAGGUAUGGAGCUAUGGGACCGAUACGUGAUGAGGGAAGACCCUACAGAAGCAGACCAGGUCCUUAUGACCGUCCUAGCCGAGCUGGAGGCCGACCUUCAUCAUAUGAACGUUGGUAGUUCGUUUGGGUUAAACCAGAGGUUAAUGCUUCUGUUUUUGGAUUUAGGUCCCAUAUCAGAUAGAACUCGAAUUCUAGAUCUCUGCUAUGCUUUUUUGUCGAAUCUUCAUCACAGUAAAAGAGUUACGUUCUUAUGA